AUGGCAAGCCGUAGACGCCCACGUGGCUCGAGCUCGAGCUCCGCAAAUCUAGCAAAGCACAUGAAGGAGAUGGCCAAGGCAAUGAAGGAGCAGGCCCAAGCCACCACUCUGAUGGCCCAACAACUAUCCAUUGGGGACAGGGAUUCCAAUAUUCCCAGGCUAGAGGCGGGACAGACCCGUACAAAUUUUGCUGACUUCAAGAUGAUUGGUCCACCUGAGUUUCGUAGAGCCCUCGACCCUGAUAUAGCAAAAGAAUGGCUGGCAGAAAUGGAAAAGGUAUUCAAAAUUUUUCCAUGCACUAAGGAGCAGCAAGUGAGCUACGCUACCUUCAUGUUGAAAGUUGAUGCCGAGUUCUUGUGGCAUGGAGCAAGACGGUUGUUGGAGGAUGCUAGAACAGAUAUCAGUUGGGCCACCUUCAAGGAAGCUUUCUACAAGAAGUACUUUUCCCUUUCUGUUCGAGAGUCCAAGGAGAUAGAGUUUCUUCAAUUGAGGCAAGAUAGGAUGAGUAUUACAGAAUACAUAGAGAAGUUUGAGAGACUCUGCAAAUUUUUCGCCAUGUAUAAGGCUAAUUCAGAUGAAAAGUGGAAGUGUAUGAAGUAUCAAGGAGGGCUCAGGGCAGAAGUCCUAACCGCAAUAGCCCCACUAGAAAUCCAGGAGUUCUCCUCCCUCGUUAUCAAGUGCCAGGUGAUCGAAGAAUGCACCAAAAAACUAGCAUUGGAAAGAAGCGAGGCUUUCAAGAAAAGGCAACUAAAUCAAGAAUCAUCUCAGCAGUCACCACAGAAGAAGGCCUUUCAUGGAAAACUUAUAAGAAGGCAACCUUAA